CUCCGGCGACGGGCGCGCGCGCGGUGCUCGCUGCCCCCACGCCGCUCCCUCGGCUCGGAUCGCGGCGUCUCCAGGUCCCCGCACCGCUCCACGCGGGACCCGCGGAGCCGGAGGCGGCGGCCGUGGUCGGUGGGCUCUGGCGGGCACGGCGGUCGAGGCGGCGGCGCGGCAGAGCGGAGCCCGGCGAGUCCCCGGGAGGCGAUGUGGCCGGGCGCGGGCGCCUGCGUAAGGCGGGCGCCGCGACAGGCCGGCCGGUGAGGCGCCGGGGGAGGCCGCGACGGAGCUCCCGGACCCGCCAUGGGCUGAGACACGUCCUUGCCGAGCAGGUGCAGUGACCAGCGGUCCCGGGGGGAGCCCGCCCCCACAGGCCCCGGGAACCCUCAGCCCUGUCGAACAUGCCUGGGUGACUCCCUCCCAGAUCUUGCUGGUGGCCUUCCUCGCCCUUCCCAGUGACACUAUGCAACCCCAGCGUGACCCGCGAGGCCUCUGGCUCCUGCUGCUGUCCUUGUUCCUGCUCCUCUUUGAGGUGGCCAGGGCCGCCCGUCCUGUGGUUAGCUGCCCUGCUGCCUGCCUGUGCGCCAGCAACAUCCUCAGUUGCUCCAAGCAGCAGCUGCCCAACGUGCCCCACUCCUUACCCAGCUACACCGCACUGUUAGACCUCAGCCACAACAACCUGAGUCGCCUGCGGGCGGAGUGGACGCCCACACGCCUGAUCCACCUGCAGUCCCUGCUGCUGAGCCACAACCACCUGAACUUCAUCUCCUCGGAGGCCUUUUCCCCAGUGCCCAACCUGCGCUACCUGGACCUCUCCUCCAACCAGCUCCGUACACUGGACGAGUUCCUGUUCAGUGAACUACAAGCGCUGGAGGUGCUGCUGCUCUACAAUAACCAUAUUAUGGCAGUGGACCGCUGCGCCUUCGACGACAUGACCCAGCUGCAGAAACUCUACUUGAGCCAGAACCAGAUUUCCCGCUUCCCUCUGGAGCUGGUUAAGGAAGGAGCCAAGCUACCCAAACUAACACUCCUGGAUCUCUCCUCCAACAAGCUGAAGAACUUGCCAUUGCCCGACCUGCAGAAGCUGCCGGCAUGGGUCAAGAACGGGCUGUACCUGCACAACAACCCCCUGCACUGUGACUGUGAGCUCUACCAGCUCUUUUCGCACUGGCAGUACCGGCAGCUGAGCUCCGUGAUGGACUUUCAGGAGGACCUGUACUGUAUGAGCUCCAAAAAGCUGCACAAUGUCUUCAACCUGAGUUUCCUCAACUGCAGCGAGUACAAGGAGCGUGCCUGGGAAGCCCACUUGGGUGACACCUUGACCAUCAAGUGUGACACCAAGCAGCAGGGCAUGACCAAGGUGUGGGUGACGCCAAGCAAUGAACGGGUGCUAGAUGAGGUGGCCAACAGCACAGUGACCGUGUCCAAGGACGGCAGUCUUCAUUUCCAGCAGGUGCAGGUUGAGGAUGGGGGUGUGUACACCUGCUACGCCAUGGGGGAGGCUUUCAACGAGACACUGUCUGUGGAGUUGAAAGUGUAUAAUUUCACCUUGCACGGACACCACGACACCCUCAACACAGCCUAUACCACCCUAGUGGGCUGUAUCCUCAGUGUGGUCCUGGUCCUCAUAUACCUGUACCUAACCCCUUGCCGAUGCUGGUGCCGGGGUGUCGAGAAACCAUCCAGCCAUCAAGGAGACAGCCUCAGCUCUUCCAUGCUUAGUACCACACCCAAUCACGAUCCUAUGGCCGGUGGGGACAAGGAUGAUGGUUUUGACCGGCGGGUGGCUUUCCUGGAGCCUGCUGGCCCCGGGCAGGGUCAAAAUGGCAAGCUGAAGCCAGGCAACACCCUGCCAGUGCCCGAGGCAACAGGCAAGGGCCAGCGGAGGAUGUCGGAUCCAGAAUCGGUCAGCUCGGUCUUCUCUGAUACACCCAUUGUGGUGUGAGCAGGAUGGGUUGGUGGGGAGAUUCUGCCCCAGGAGAGGUAAUGCACCCCUGAAGGAUAUGAGGGGAUGGAAGAGAGGGCUGGCUGCCCAAGGGAGUGGGUUCCCCCUGACCGUGAGAGAAUUGGUCACGGGUACAAUAGCUGGCAUAGACCUCAACCAGGGUGUGGCUGCCACGAUUUUCAAAUAUGGAUAUGUCAAAUCCUUAGGCAAGUGCUACACCCUUACCCAAAGCCCUGGGAAUUCUCAGUGUGGUGGAGGAAGAGGAGCAUGUCUGAGUUGGGUGGGAAUGAGGUAGGGGCGGGGGGAAGAGCAGAUUCCCGAAACUUUUUUGAGGUCAUCCCUAGCUCCUUAAAAGAGAAUCAUUUGGGGGAAAAAAAUUUUUUUUUCUAUCUCUGCCCACCCACACCUGCGGUGUUGUGUGUGCUGGGGGUUGGGGGGGAUCUUCCAUAGGAGCCACACUGGGGAAGAGCUGUAGUAUCUUCUUUGGCCAGGAAGUCACACUUCACAGCUGGGGAAAUUGGAAACCUUUGGGAAAGUGAGUCAGGAAAAGGCUGAGGCCUCAAUCAGUAAUGCUCCCCAAAGCUAUUGUGAGGUUUCCCACUAAUGCCUCUCUUUCCCGAUGAGUCCUGGAUGGAUGGAUCUUUGCAGGAGCCUGGCCUGUUGCCUGUCAGAUAUGGCAACAAUGUGAGAGGUGGUAUCUGUCCCUUGUCCCGGAACCAGUGGCACAGAGGGAUACAGCAUGAACGGAGGGGGCCUGCAUCACAGCAUACGUGCCAUCACAAAACUUGUAGAUGGGGGAUAAGCUCCAGAUUUGCUAAUUCCCCGGUUGGUGAAACCCUUGAUUAUCAUUUGGUUCCCAGCACCUGUGUGUCAGACCAGGGUGGGGGCUGCCGGAGGCAGAGCUUUCAUGGGUGCCUGCCACAGACGUGGGAUAUGGGGCUGCCUCACACUAGGCGGAGGAGGGUAAAUCAGCCUCUAUUAUGUAGCAUCCAGCUGGACGUACCUGAUUUCGUGUUUGCCGUCUCUUCUCUCAGGCUUCUUAGCAAGUUCAGGUGGGAUUGAGUUUUCCCUAAUACGCUGCUCUGCAACGGGAGGAAUCCUGGAAAGUCUGGCCCCAGCUGGGCUAGACUGUGCUUGGGCAUGGAGGGAACCAGUUAUGUAUUUUCUCUGUGUUGACAAAGCAGCCUCUCUUAGAUCUCACCCUGCUGCAGAGCCAAAGCACGGGAUUUCAUUAUCCGAGGGGUUGGAAUUCUGCCCCAGAAUGGCAAGGCGGAGUGCAGCUUAGAGUUCUGCCCCUCUCCACAAGGUUCUAGGCAGCCUUGUAACAGACAGUGGCACUGAACUCUCAGAAGGAAAGUUCUGCCACCUCCAUCCCUCUCAGCCAGAGGUCUGUGCAGUUGUGGUGGUCAGGCCAGAGGAACUUAAGAACAGGCCCAACAUUCCAUUCCAUCCAAGGCUGCAGAAUACUUUGGGUCUGGAGAUGACUGCGCCCCUUGACUAUACUGCAGGCCCUGGGAGAUGGGUGCUCUGAGCUUUGGCAAGGGGACCAGCAGGGCACAGGUGAAAAUGUCCUCUGAUGUUGGUCUUUUUCAGUGUCUUCCCUUCUCCCAACCAAGUUCCCUGUCCAUUGGAAGUUCUCCAGAUCUUCUAGCUUUCUGACCUGCUUUUUAGGUUCCAAGAGGUGUCAUCGACCUGUGGGUGAGGGCUGCUUGCUAGGAGGGCCUGACUCCUGCUGCCUGUUGGGAUUGGGAAAGGGGACCGGAACGCAACAUCUUCCCCUUGUCUGUGCCUGGGAUGUCAAGACUGCUGUCCAUCCUUUAAUUAGUAACCUCGUUUGUUGGGAGAGGUGCAGCCUUUCCCUCAAGUACUUGCAUGCUCCUAGGUAUGCACGCUUAUAGGUACGCAUGCACACCAGCACCUUGACUUCCACCAGGACAGUGAUUCUUCAGUCCCCACUAACGUCCCCUGUCAGAGUGGGUUCCGCCUAUGCUCACAGCUUCAUGCACACAGCUUUUGUAUCCCAUAGGAGAGACAGUGACUGCGCCAGGCUCCCCAAAUACCAACUCUUGUACUUUUAAUUUCUGAACUCCCUGAAGCUUUACCCACAUCUCCCUGGCACCAAAUAACUUCUCUGUAAAGGCUGGGGUUAGGAGAACCACAGGUCAGGGCACCUGGGGAGAAGGGCCCAUGAGGAGCUAGCUGGGUCUUCAGACCCCUCCGAAACCUUCCUUGGAUGAAAGUCCAUGUAUGUGAGAAAUAAAUGUAUAACUAGGUCAAUGACAGACCCAGAAGGAAACUGGCAGGGGAGCAAGCAGCUAGAAGUUGUUCUCCCUGUGUUAACUGCCCCGGAAAGACAGGCGCGUGAAGGAAAACUUGUCUGGUUAUGUUCCAGAGACUUCUGGGGAUUUUGUUAAUGGAGCUAUAGGAACCAGGCAUCCCUCCUCUGACUUAUUAGGGAACCUGGGAAAAUUUCAUCUCCAUGCUGCAAUUUCCCGCUAGGCACCACCUAGGGCUCUGAAAAUCUUUAAAACUCAAAUGAAAUUGGCCUUCUAGAGCAUUCUGAGUUCCUGAGGACUAAGAGGGCCAUUCUCUUCAUAAGUCCUACCCAGUUUAGGGACCGGGAAAAGGCCCCUCAUGAGGCCCUGUAUCCCUACUGUGUCCACUAGGUAGGCCCCUCGUUUGAAAGACUGGUAGAUGUGCCUAGCUGCCCCACCAAGAGAUUGAACCGAUUAGCCUCUUCCCAUGGUUUCAGUUGAUAGAACCCAAAGGCAGCUUUCUACUUGGGGGAUUAGGUAUUCAGUAUAUAUGAGCUCACUAGAACCUUGUGUAGGAAACUGCCAGGUCUGGUUGUAAGAAAAGGCUGAGAAAUCACUUCCUCCCUUCCCCCCACCCUGCACCCAUAAACGAGACAUGUCUCCCAGGAAGCAGCUGUCCCUGGAGACAGAAUAUGACAGGGCUCUACAAUCUGUCUAUGUGAUUAUUUGUGAUCUUUUUUCUUUGCUUGUAUUUAUGGGGCUCCUAGGAAGGGGCCAGGAGAGAGUACACUCAGCUGGGGACAGUAAAGCCGACUGAUACCAAUUUUCUGUGUGUUCUUUCCUCUGUACUUCCUCGUAGUCCUGCUGGCAAAGCAAGUAGGCCUCCCAGUCCAGGAUCCUAUCCCUCCCACUUAUGUACAAUCCAGGCUGGCAGACCUUGGAGCCUCUGGGCUCUGACACUAGACUAUGAUCAUUAAACCUGGCUUGAGUCUCUGUUC